AUGGCUUUUCUUGAACUCCCAACCGAACUUCGACAGCGAAUACUCGAUCUUGCCAUAUGCUCUUGGCAGACGCCUCCCGAAUCCCCAUCCGCAAGUCAGCGUGACCGUAGCAAUCCCCGCGAUGGGUUCUGGUAUGACUACUGCAUCUGGCAGCUGCCUCCUAAGAACCUCGCGUUGCCGCUCCUGUUGGUGAACCGGCAAUUUUGCGCGGAUGUCCAAAAGGUUCUUCAGCUUUUUGGCACUAAUUACCACGUCGACAUCAUGUUCGUUAAGGACCGCGGCUUCUGGACAACUUGGUCUAUCCCCGCGCUCCCCAGGACGCAGUACAUUGAUUCUGUCCACGCGACUUUCAGGAUCUUCGAGCCUACGCAGGAUUUGGACGAGAAAUUUAAAGGUAGUCUAUUUCUUAAUGCCUACGAUGAAAGCUCGAGCGGUGGGAUAUUAAGUUUCCACUUCUUGCUGGCCGCGCUUUUACGGUCCGGCCCGGGUUUUCUCGAACCGUCCUCGAAUGCAUUUGAUCCGUCUUCACCAUACGCCAUUAAGAGAAUUUUGAUUGAUGUUUUGUCUCCGACGGACGGUGUUGAGCAUAGUAGCAUCAUCGCAAGCAACGAAGAGUUUCAAACCAAUCAUUUGUGGCAUAGAGCUGGCGUGCUCAAAGACCAACUUCAUGGCGUGCAGAUAGCCCCAGACACGAGGCUGGUCGAGCACAUGCUCUGGGGGUUUAGAAUGCUCUGGGACUUGAACUCUGAAAGCCUAGAGUAUGGCGCGAUUGUGCUGGAGGGGGUACGUGAUACCAUAGAUUUUAUGGUAAAUGGUGAACUUCAUACGAGUUUCGACGUGGCCGAACGGGUGAAGACGAUGCAGAUGCCGGUGCAUCCUAGGACCGAGCCUCCUGAAUACUCCUUGAGGCGGGAGACAGGGUAUCGGAAAUGGCGGAAGUGGCUCGAUGAGAGGAGGAAGCUGAUGGAGCAAGGUCUGGUGUUUGACCCAAAACGCCCUGUACAGGUCAUCUAUCUGUGA